AUGGGCGGCCUCAGCGCCCGCCCGAGCGCUGGGAGGACCGACCCGGCGGGGACCUGCUGGGGGCAGGACCCGGGGAGCAAGAUGGCCACGGUCAUCCCCGGCCCCCUGAGCCUAGGCGAGGACUUCUACCGCGAGGCCAUUGAGCACUGCCGCAGCUACAACGCGCGCCUGUGCGCUGAGCGCAGCCUGCGCCUGCCCUUCCUCGACUCGCAGACCGGCGUGGCCCAGAACAACUGCUACAUCUGGAUGGAAAAGACCCACCGCGGCCCUGGUCUGGCCCCGGGACAGAUCUACACGUACCCCGCGCGCUGUUGGAGAAAGAAACGGAGACUUAACAUCCUGGAGGACCCCAGACUCCGGCCCUGCGAGUACAAGAUCGAUUGUGAGGCACCCCUGAAGAAGGAGGGUGGCCUCCCCGAAGGGCCUGUCCUUGAGGCGCUGCUGUGUGCUGAGACAGGGGAGAAGAAGAUUGAGUUGAAGGAGGAGGAGACCAUUAUGGACUGCCAGAAACAGCAGCUGCUGGAGUUUCCACAUGAUCUCGAGGUGGAAGACUUGGAGGAUGACAUUCCCAGGAGGAAGAACAGGGCUAAAGGAAAGGCAUAUGGCAUCGGGGGUCUCCGGAAACGCCAGGACACCGCAUCCCUGGAGGACCGAGACAAGCCGUAUGUCUGUGAUAUCUGUGGGAAACGGUAUAAGAACCGGCCAGGGCUCAGCUACCACUACACCCACACCCACCUGGCUGAGGAGGAGGGGGAGGAGAACGCCGAGCGCCACGCCCUGCCCUUCCACCGGAAAAACAACCAUAAACAGUUUUACAAAGAAUUGGCCUGGGUCCCUGAGGCACAGAGGAAACACACAGCCAAGAAGGCGCCCGAUGGCACUGUCAUCCCCAACGGCUACUGUGACUUCUGCCUGGGUGGCUCCAAGAAGACGGGGUGUCCCGAGGACCUCAUCUCCUGUGCUGACUGUGGGCGAUCAGGACACCCCUCAUGUUUACAGUUUACGGUGAACAUGACGGCGGCCGUGCGGACCUACCGCUGGCAGUGCAUCGAGUGCAAGUCCUGCAGCCUGUGCGGCACCUCGGAGAACGACGGUGCCAGCUGGGCGGGUCUCACCCCCCAGGACCAGCUGCUGUUUUGUGACGACUGCGAUCGGGGUUACCACAUGUACUGCCUGAGCCCCCCCCAUGGCGGAGCCCCCGGAAGGUGA